AUCUUAUUCUUUAUUAAAAAAUCUGCAUGUAGUGAGAAUAUAUGAUAUCUUUUCAAUUAUAUUUUUUAUCCGUCAGAAUAUUAAUUCACUCAAACAGCGUAACACCUCUGCCCCUUUCUCUUCUCUCUCACUCUCACACCAAAAUGAAUCUCUAAUUUCAUCCAAUUAAUCCUAUCAGGACAAACACCGCCGCUACGUCAGCCCCCAGCCGCCGCCACUCUUCUCUUCAUCACCGUUUCUGUGCUUGUUGUGAAAUCCCACCAGCCACCGUCACCCCAGCCCGCCUCUGUGAUCGUCGUCGUCGGCAGUGACAGAGGGUGCCAUCGUCAUCGUCGUCCUCGAUCCUCUUCUCCUCUACAUCACGCAAACGGUUACUCAAUCCUCUUCAAGGGCGUCCUCUCCUCCGUGAAUCUCUGCCCGGGGCCUCGCCUGGAAUCUGCGUCCUCUCCUCCGUGAAUCUCUGCCCGGGGCCUCGCCUGGAAUCUCUGCUCGGGGCCUCGCCGUUGCAAACUGAUCCUCUUCUGAGCUUACUGUCACCGCCGUUCCUCCCUCACCGUGUCUCUAAUCAGACAGAAGAGGAGGAAAAAUGGUGAAAUCAUCACAAUAUGAAAGAUUCUCAAAGGAUUUUGUAAUGGGAGGGGUAGCAGCAAUCAUAUCGAAGAGUGCCGUCAAAAGCAUUUUUGGGCAAUCCAAAGAGAGAGAUGGGUACAUUAAGUGGUUUGCUGGAAAUGUGGCUUCAGGAAGUGCCGCGGGAGCAACUACUUCACUGCUUCUUUAUCAUUUAGAUUAUGCACGAACACGAUUGGGCACUGAUGCAUUGGAGUGCCGUGCUACCGGUCAGCGCCAGUUUAAGGGGCUAGUUGAUGUGUACCGUAAAACCUUGUUAAGUGAUGGAGUUGUUGGCUUGUACAGGGGAUUUGGGGUGUCAAUAGUGGGAAUCACAAUGUAUCGAGGGAUGUAUUUCGGGAUUUAUGACACCGUGAAGCCUAUCAUUUUAGUUGGGCCUUUCGAGGGAAAUUUCUUUGCUAGUUUCUUCUUAGGUUGGAGCAUUACAACAUCAGCUGGGGUUUGUGCAUACCCGUUCGACACACUGCGUCGGAGAAUGAUGCUAACAUCUGGACAACCAAACAAGUAUUAUAACGCAAGGCAUGCAUUUCGUGAGAUUAUUCGUCAAGAGGGUUUUUUAGCUCUAUUCCGAGGUGUUACCGCAAAUAUGCUUCUUGGUGUCGCAGGAGCUGGGGUGCUUGCUGGAUAUGAUCAGCUCAACUGCUUCUCAUCUAGGCACUAGUAUGCAGGUUCUGAGGGAGAAAUACAAUUUGAACCUAGAAAACCUAUUUACCAUUUAACUUGACUUCAAAGUGCAAUUCAUUUAUAUUCUGGACUGGGAGACAUUCAUUAUUUUGUUAACACAAUUCAUUUACUUUUUAUAGGAGAUAAAAUGAUAGAAGAUAAAUAUUAGCAUA